AUGCGGCGACACUCCGAAUUGGCCUGGCUGCCUUGCAAGUGCAAACAGCAGUCACCCGGCUGGGAAUACCACGGUGUUGGUGCGCUUGGUUUGCAGUAUUUCCUGCAGUGGUGUUUAUUUCAUUUCAUUCGCUCAGUGAUUGAAUACGGCAAUCGCGCAAUUACCAUGCACCAGCAGCAACAGCAAUUGCCGCCGAGCACUUCCUCUAAACCAGCGAAUACGGGGCAGUUUGAUUCAUCGUUAUCUGCGGCCACUGUCGCUCCCUCGUUUUUGGACGACCCUCCUAUAACUUCUGCUCGCUUCGCACCGCUGUACUCGAUGACUGCCCGAACUGUAAAAGAAGCACCUUAUACGAUUUGUUUCGAUGUGAACUCGGAACUGCGGCGUCAGAUUGCUCAAACAACAUUUAUUAUAAGUAACGAUGGACAGCCAGCACAUUCGUUGUUGGCAAAAUGCGGUCACGCGGGCCACUGCUGA